AUGUUGUGGUACUGUGAUGUAGAUAACAAUAUAUCUGCAGGAGAGCAAAAUAGCUUUAUAUCAGAUGAUACAAGUGAUAAUAUAUCAGAUAUUAAUUUCUUGAAUAAAAAUGAGUAUUUAGAAUUAUUAAUCGCGGAAGUAUUCCAAAGAGAAGCUUUAUGGAACUCAUUAUUACCAUAUAAAUGUAGAGAUCCAUUGGAAGUAAAAGCAUUAUGGUCUGAAAUAGAUAUCUAUUUAAGUACAUGUCCUGGAACAAGUCAAAGCAAAUGGAAAAAUUUAAGGGAUCGUUUUGUUAAAAAACAUGCUUUACAAUCCAGUUAUGUUCCCAGUGGCAGUGCAGCAGUAAAAAAGAAAAGCAGUUGGCCAUUUUAUGAAAAUCUACUUUUUUUAGCAUCAACAAUAACUUAUAGGAAGACAAAAAGCAAUAUUGAAAAUGUGAAUCCGCAAACAAAUGUGCAACAGAAGAAAGAGUUCCAUUGUUCUAUUAAUAAUAAUAAGAAGAAAGAUGAUAUUUUGCAACAGUCGCUGCCAAAACAAAAUACAUCUAACUCAAAUACUCUAGAUGAAGAAGCUGAAUUCCAUUCGCCUACAGCUGCAAAACGUAUAAAAAAAUCAAAAACAGAAUAUGCCGACAUUCGUAUAGAAGAAGCCAUUUUAAAAGAAUUGCAACAAACAAGAAAUGAACCUGUUCCAAGAAAUGAACCUACUCACAUAAAACCAGAUAAAAUUGAAAGUUUUACGAAAUAUCUCGAAGCAUGCCUCCGAAACAUGAUGCCGGAUGAUUCGAAACGCAUAAUUAUGAAAAUAUCUAAGAUACUUUUCGAAGAUGUAUAACAUGUUCCUUAACAUCUUUGUUUAUUAUUUCCUUUUCAAUAUGUUAAUAUUUUAAGUUUUUUUUUAUUUUAUUUUGUUUUACGUACAUAUGUACUGUGAUAUAGAUAUAUCUGCAAUCUUUGGUCUUGCCAAGAAACCUGACCUUCAUUAACAAAAUAAUCAGUAAAAGUAUGUCUAAUUUAAUUAGCAAGUCGUGUAUAGUUAUUACUUGCACCAUUGUUAAACCCAUUAUUUGCACUAUUAUCAAAGUAAGUUGAAUUUGUGUUUCUCCAAUCUCCUUCGAUUAUUUCUCCAUUAAUAGAUACUCUAUCGACAUAAUGUGUUCCACAGUAAAAUGAAGUAUUCAUCAAAAGAUUAUGCAAACAAACCGUUACUUUCACUAUCGUAUCAGUUGUUUCAAGACUAGUAUUUAUAGGUUUCUGGAAAAUACGACUUGCUAAUCGAAUUUUAAAUACAAUGAUAAUAUCGACUAGCUAAUAUUCCAAAUGCAUUUUCCACGUCAUUUCGAGCCUUGCUUAAUCUAUAAUUAAGUUUUCGUUGAUUUUCAUCCAAAUUUUUGGAUGGAUAUGGACGCAUAGUAAAUGUAUUUAACUGAAAUGCUUCGUCAGCUACAAAUAUAUAUUUUUAUAUUUUAGUACUAGAUCUAAUAAAUUGGCUAAUGAUAAAUUAUUA